AUGGAGUUCAACCUGCCGCGGAGCGCGUUCAACGGCCCGGGCGGCGAGAGCGGCCUGCUGCUGCUGCAGGCUCUGCAAAGUCUGCCCAGCUUCUCGUCGUCUGACACGUCUGUCCAGCUGCUGGCGUUUGUGGGGGUGUUCACCCCGGUCGGGCGCCGCCGGGCCGAGGCACUGGAGCUGUCCGAGGCGGCGACCGACCUCGCCGGCGGUCACGGCCGGCAGCUGCAGCAGGUCUCGAUCGAGACGGGCAGCUCCGCCGUGAUCGGGGUGACGGGCGGCGCUGUGCGGCAGGGCUCACAGGCCUUCCUGGCGUCCCUGCUGACGGCCAUCAACAGCGGGCAGCUGGCACAAGCGCUUGCGGCCCGCGGCGUGCCGGGGGCGAGCAUCUUCGUGCGGUCCUCGGGCGUGGCGAGCUCUGCGGCGGCAGUGGUGCUGCCGCAAGCCCCCGAGGUGACGCAGAGGGAGGCUGUGCCGGACCUAGCGGCGGGGACGUUCAAGGCGGCGCUGGUGCCGUCGUCGGGCACGCAGACGGUGUACGACGCCGGCACGGGGGCCGUGAGGCAGCUGCCGUUGUUGGUCAACCAGGCCAAGUGGGUGCUGGGGUCCGAGGCGUUCGAGGUGAAGAUCUUCAGCGCCGUCGGCACGGGGGGCACCGUGACGACCGCGGCGACGGCGGUGCAGGCCGGCCUCGUCACGUCCGGGUGCUCCGUGACGGCCGUCACGGUGGACAGCGUCGGCGCGUUCGUUGUGCGCGUCGCCGUGGACCCGGCGCUGGGCGCGAGCGGGCCGGAGACGGCGAGGCUGUCGGCACCAGCGGGUCUGAUCAGCGCCACGUCCGCGGAGGGCACGCCGCUGCGCUCCGACGCCAUCGCGGGCGUGGAGGUGGUCGCCAAGCGCACGCGGCCGACGGUGGCGGUGACGCGGCUGAAGCCGUUUUUCUACGCCGGCGUGGACGACUUUGUGGAGGUGCGCUUCACGUUCCCGGGCGGGUUCGCCGUCUCGCCGGAGGGCGGCUGGGAGUCGAAGCUGGUCCUGACCAACGCCAACAGGGCGCAGGUGAUCUGGAGCCUGUCGUCGCAGCUGCUGGUGGUGCGCGUGACCGCCGUGACGACGGGCGUGGUGCGGGUCGCGGUUCCGGCGGAGUCCUUCUCGGACGUGUUCGGGAACACGAACCCGCAAGGUGCCGUUGCGGAGACCACGUGGAGGCAGAAGACGGUGUCGAAGGAGGAGUCUGAGCAGGCGUUCACGGCGAUCGCGACGACGACGGUGGCCGUGGGCGUGACGGCGACGGUGGGCGGCGUCGCGGCCACGUCGGCGGCGUCGGCGGUCAGUGGGACGGUGGCCACGCAGGUGGCCGGCAUGGCCGCUGCGCAGGGCGCCUCGGCGGCCGCGGGGGGCGCUGCGGGCGGCGCGGGCGGCGCGGUGGGUGGCGGCGGAGGCGCGGGGAGCAGCGGGGCGGGCGUGGGGAGCGCCGGGGCGGUCAUUAUGUUCAGCGCAAUGGGCAUGAUGAACAAGUUCCAGAACCCGGAGUCAGAGUCCAUCCCGCCGAUGGUGGAGGGGUUCACGGCAGCGGUGGAGUUCAUAGACUUCCAGCCGAUCGACAUCCUCGGCGCGGAGGACAAGCGCAAGGAGGCGGAGAACCCGGAGCUGGACGACCCCACGGCGACGGUGGAGACGACGGGCGGGGCGUCGGCGCGGCGGGCGCUGUCGGUGCAGCUGGGCACGGCCGUGGCGUACGGCAGCACGGCGCGGUCGCACGCGCUGCGGCUGCGCGCGUCCUCGCACCUGGCGCGGAAGCUGCGCCGCGAGCCGCACGGGCCGCACGCCGCCGAGGUGGCGGCGGUGUGCGAGUUCUACCCCGCAGACGCGAUGGCGCGGCUGGACCCGACGGGACGGCUGUGCGAGGUUGCGGCCAAGGGCCGGGGGGGUGGCGCGCGGCAGGGGUGGAUUGGGCACGCGCGUGACGGCCUGGGGCAAAUCGUGCGCUCGACCACGGGGGCGCUCGCGAAGCUGCCUGCGCGCUGCGCCGGCGGCAUGCGCGACGCGUCGAGCGCGCACGGCGCCGCCUGCGCUGCUGCGACGGCGGUUGCGUCCGCGCUGGGCCAUGACGCCAACGCAGCGGCGACGGCCCUGCGCUGGAACGGCAUCGGGCGCGGGCUGGCGCAGGCACAGGGGAACGUUGCCGGGACGCUGACGGGGACGAACAUCACGGCCGGCGCAGGUCUGUUGGACUCGACGUCGGCGUCGGACUCGAGCAUCGAGUGGAUGUGGCUGACGGUGGGGCAGAAACUGAUCUGGCUGGCGAUCGCGGUGGGGGCGAUCACGUUUCUGCAGGUCUUCUUCCUGGUGCUCGCGUGGUCGGUGAAGAAGUACCGCAAGAAGCGCUUCCCGCGGCCCGCCCCGCUGCUGUUUCCACGCCUGCAGAUCUACCUGAUCUACUUCUGGGUGCCCGCGCUCGGGGAGACGAUCGGGUCGCUGAUCAGCUCGGGGGACCCGGGCGGCGUGGCGGUGGCGGUGCUCUUCAUCCUCUUCGUGCCGCUGCCGAUGACGCUGUUUAUGAUCUGGAUGGUGUUUUGCACCCAGACCUCCCUGGAGUCCCCCAACCGCGGCGUGUACUACGAGGUCGACGAGCAGGAGGCCGACGCCGCGGCGAAGCGGAAGCUCGGGCCGUGGCAGGGCUUCGGCAUCGGCCGGCGCGUGAUCGAGGGCGAGUGGAAGGCCAACUCGCAAUUCACGUGGAUGGUCUUCCGCAGGUUCGGGAUGCCGUUUGAGGACUACUUCGGCCCGAUGGUGGUCCGGCGGCACUGCACGUGGGAGCUGGACCCGAUCGUCAAGCGGUACCAGCGCGGUUACCUCGAGGAGUACCUCCCGCGGCACUGGUCGGUGCUGCCGCGGUGGAUGGUGCGCUUCCUGGUGCACAUCACGUCGUUCAACGGACCGAUCAGGCUGAUUAUUAUAUUUUUCAUCGCGCUGGUGUCGGCGGUGACCUCGGGCGACGAGGGGCAGGGCGCCGUCAUCGGGCUGUGCAGCCUGUUCAUCUUCAACGUAAUCCUGCUGCUGGUGUUCCAGCCGUACGCGGCCAUCCAGGACCAGCUGGUGGACGCGAUCUCCGCGGUGUUCGAGGCGACGGCGGUGACGCUGCUCCUGUCCAUCAUCCUCGUGGGCAAGACGGUCGACGACGCAGAGGAGAGGGCAGAAGCAACAGAGAACCUCGGGCUGGCGAUGAUGGUCUUCAUGGGGCUGGUGGUCAUGGCGUCGAUGGUCGCGCAGGCCCGUGACGCAAUCUGGGCGGUGAUCGACACGGUGGAUGCGAUGAAGGAGGCGUACAAGAAGAAGGACGAGCUGACGGACAUCGAGCAGGCGGCGCUCAAGGCCAUCAAGUCGUCCGACAUCACGGUGAAGAAGUACGCAAACCGUUGGGUGUACAAGGUGCACAAGAAGCCGAUCAGGAACUGGCCGGUGCUGCACGAGGUCACCGCGGCGGAGCGCGCGUACAUGCUGUACAAGGUCGCCCUCCUGCGCGCCAGCGACCCGCGGUACCAGAACGUGGACCAGCAGAAGCUGUUUGUCAAGCUGUGGCGCAACGCCUACCUCGGGGAGAGCAUCGGGAAGCUGUCCUUCCGCAGCCUGUACGAGCACCUGCGGAACAAGAUCCUCAAGAGGAGCUUGCCGGAGCCGACGUUCGAGGAGGCGGCCGGAAAGGCACAGGAGGGCGCGCUGGGUCGGUCGGAUCAGGCCCUGAUCUCCCGCGCGCAGGCGGAGAUGAUUUUCCGUCAGCUGCAGGCUGUGCGGCAGAGCACCGACUUCCGACGCGUGAGGCGACAGUCGUUUGGAGAAGACUCCUCGGAGGAAGGCGGGGGGGAGGGGGGUGGGGAGGCGCAGGAGGAGUCGACGCUGCACACGGCCACGGAAGCGGGAGCCUCGGAGGCGAGGGUGUCGGGGCUGCAGGCGCAGGUCAACCAGGGGAUCGGGUGGGCAGAUUCAGGGCACCCAUGA